AUGGCGUCCAGCGCACGCCCAGCAUCUAUCGCAUCGUCGAUCACCGAGGGACAUGACGACAACGAGAAGUAUAGAAGCAGCUACGAAGAGUCGGACAACGACCGUGUCUCCCAGCACACGGCCGUCGAGGAAAGAGAUGGGGGCGAGGACGAGGGACUGCUGGAGAAGGCCCCGGUCUCGUCGCCAGCUCAGACGCCGGGGAAGGACAGUAGCAGCAUGACCGCUGCCAUUCUAUGGAUGAUCAUCAACACGUUGGCCACCAUUGGUAUCGUCUUCACCAACAAGGCCAUCUUCUCCGACCCGUCAUUGAAGCUCGCCCAGCUCAGCUUCGCCUGCUUCCACUUCUUCGUUACAUGGCUCACCCUGUACACGCUCUCGCGACCGAAGCUCGCCUUCUUCACGCCGCGCCGGACCACGAUCCGCGAGAUCAUCCCGCUCUCUGUGGCCAUGUCGCUGAAUGUCAUAUUGCCGAAUCUGUCGCUGGCCUUCUCCUCGGUGACCUUUUACCAGGUGGCCCGUAUUCUCCUCACGCCUACAGUCGCGCUCAUGAACUAUGUACUCUACAAGUCAACCCUGCCGCAGAGUGCUCUGGUGACCCUGGUUCCGGCCUGCCUGGGAGUCGGUAUGGUCUCCUACUACGACUCGCUCCCCACGGAUGACGCCAAUGUCAAGACGACAUCAGGAUUGGGCGUCAUCUUCGCGUUCGCUGGCAUCUUUGCCUCGUCUCUGUACACUGUGUGGAUUGCAAGCUACCACCGAAAGCUGCAAAUGACCAGUAUGCAACUCCUCUUUAACCAGGCUCCCGUGUCGGCUUUCCUGCUACUCUACGUCAUCCCAUUUGUCGACACCUUCCCCGUCUGGACCGAAGUACCGCUUAACAGAUGGGUGAUGAUUCUCAUGUCUGGCGUCUUCGCCUCCCUUAUCAAUAUCUCUCAGUUUUUCAUCAUUGCCAAAACCGGCCCUGUUUCAAGCACGGUGGUGGGACAUCUCAAGACAUGCACCAUCGUCGCCCUGGGCUGGGCAACGUCAGGCAGGUCCGUCGGCGAUAAGUCUGUUCUUGGCGUUUUCAUUGCUGUUGGAGGCAUUAUUGCCUAUUCCAUCGUAAUGAUUCGUCAUAACGCUCGAGGAGGAGGCAAGGCAUAG